AUGUCUCCUACACUCCUUCGCCUUGGCGCUGCCGCCUUGGCCUGCGCCGGUGGCGUCUUCGCCGACAGGUGGCAGCUCCAGGAUGUCUACAACUCCAACAACUUUGUUGACAACUUUGACUUCUUCACGGACCCGGACCCUACCCACGGCCAUGUAGUUUACCAGAGCAGGGCCAACGCUGAGAAGAAGGGCCUCUUCUCCACGAGCGGCGGCGAGGUGUACCUGGGUGUCGACUCCAAGACGAAGCUCGCCGACAACGUCGGGCGUGACAGCGUCAGGGUCUACUCCAAGUCUACCUUCAACAAGGGUCUGUUCAUUGGCAGGUUCAACCACCUCCCUAAGAACACGUGCGGUGUCUGGCCCGCUUUCUGGACCGUUGACGACACCAACUGGCCCUUCAAUGGAGAGGUCGACAUCCUCGAGGGAUGGAACGACGACCCCCUCAACAAGCCCGCCUUCCACAUGGGCAAUGCUGCCAAGUACGGCAAGUGCACGAUCGACAACGUCAACCAGACGGGCAGCGUCGUUACCAGCAACUGCGACAACCAGUACCAGAGGCCGCCGCAGCAAUGGGAGAACCAGGGCUGCGUUGUCUCGGACAACAACGGCCCCUGGGGCGCCCAGGACGGCGGUGUCUUCGCCAUGGAGUGGACCAAGAACGCCAUCAAGCUCUACACGUGGAAGUCUGGCAAGGAGCCCGCCAACAUCGAGUCCCAGACCGUCGACACCUCCACCUGGGGCCUGCCGGUGGCCAGCCUGAGGAGCGACAACUGCGACGUCGACGGCAUCUUCAAGAACCAGCGCCUCGUCCUCAACAUUGCCCUGUGCGGUGACGCCGUCCAGGGCAACUGGGGUGGCUGCGCGGCCUCGACCGGCCAGCAGCUCUGCUCGACCUACAUUUCUCGCAACCCCCAGACGCUCACCAACGCCUUCUUCAAGAUCAAGGACAUUCGCGUCUUCAAGACUGCGCCCCCGGCCCCGACCACGACCUCGACCACGAGCAAGGUGUCUUCGACCUCGACGACCAAGACUUCCUCCUCGACGUCUACGACCACGAGCAAGACCUCCACGACGACUUCGUCCACGGCCGUCUCUACUUCGCCUUCUUCGACCAAGGCUUCGUCGACCACCGCCUCUUCGACCACUUCUUCGACAACUUCUUUCACCACGGCGACGACCUCGACCUCCACGACCGGCUCGCCGGCGACGAAGCCUGGUGAGGCCAACCAGUCGGGCACCUCGUCUGUCUCCUCAUCCGCUUCUGCUUCGUCCUCUUCUAGCGCGCAGUCCUCGAACACGCAGUCGACCACAUCCAGCUCGUCUGUCGCUUCCACGGCUUCUGUCUCGUCUGCUUCUAGCGUUCAGUCCUCGAACACGCAGUCGGCCACAUCCAGCUCCUCUGUCGCUUCCACGGCUUCUGCCUCGUCCUCUUCAAGCGUUCAGUCUUCCGUUACGGAGACCACCACGCCCAGCUCUUCGGCGGUUUCCUCCACGACUCCUUCUCCUACCGUGUCCCAGGGCUCCUCGACCUCGGCCGUCGACGUGACCAGCUCGCCUGCCGUCACCUCUUCGGUUGAGAUGACCACCUCAACGGUCUACACGACGACUGUCCGCACGGUCACCAAGUGCCCGCCUUCGGUCCCUUGCCCCACGGGUGGUUAUGUCACUACUGAGACCAUCCCCCUGUACACGACCGUGUGCCCCGUCACUCCUACGACCACCCCCGCGCCGUCGGCUACUUCGAGCCCGUCCGCUGGCUCCUCUGUCAGUGCCAGCUCUUCGGAAGAGAUGACUACGUCGACGGUCUACACGACGACCGUUCGCACCGUGACCAAGUGCCCGCCUACGGUUCACUGCCCCACGGGCGGCUACGUUACGACCGAGACGAUCCCGCUCUACACGACGGUGUGCCCCGUCACUGCUACGAAGACGGACUCCCACAAGCCGACGACGCCGGCGCAGACCAACAAGCCCGGCCACAGCCAGGGCCCGACGACCAUCACCACCAAGGUGACCAAGGUCUACACCAUCACGAGCUGCGCCCCGACCGUGACCAACUGCCCCAUCGGCCACGUCACUACCGAGGUCAGCACGACGACGUACUGCCCCGGCGAGCAGACGGGCGUUCCUACCGGCCCUGGCUCCGUCCCCGUCUCGUCUGCGGUCCCGGUUCCUCCCACGAGCCAGAUCCCCGCCACAUUCGAGACGCACACCAUCCCGCAGCCCACUGGCGGCCGCAACUCGACGGGCAUCUACAAGCCCACCGCGACGGCCCCCGCGCCCUGCGUUGGCCCCGCGUGCCCUCCCGGCGGCAGCAGCGUCGCCCCGACCGGCAGCAUCCCGCCGGUCCAGACGCCCGGCGGUAACGAGGGCUGCACGGGCCCCGACUGCAAGCCCCCGGUCGUCGUCGGCGGCGCUGGCAAGGUGGGCUUCAGCGGUCUCGCCGUCCUGGGCGCCGUUGUGGCCAUGAUGAUGUAG